UACAGGCGGAAAUUCGGGCAACCCUCAAGUAACCAAUAUGGCGGCUCCCGGUGGAAGGUCGGUGUUAUUCGUGUGCUUGGGGAAUAUUUGCAGAUCCCCAAUCGCUGAGGCUGUUUUCAGGAAGAUGGCCACAGACAGUGGGGUGGUGGACAAGUGGAGAAUAGACAGUGCCGCCACGUCCACCUAUGAGAUCGGAAACCCCCCGGAUCACCGCGGCCAGGCCUGCAUGAAGAAACACGACGUGUCCAUGAGGCACGUGGCGCGGCAGGUCACCAAAGAUGACUUCAUGACUUUUGACCACAUCCUCUGCAUGGACGAUAGCAACUUGAGAGAUCUGAACAAGAAGGCAAGCAGCAUAAAAAACAGCAAAGCCAAGAUUGAGCUGCUCGGCUCCUACGAUCCUGAAAAACAGCUUAUUAUCCAAGACCCGUACUAUGGGAGUGAUAAAGACUUUGAGACGGUGUAUGAACAGUGUGCAAGGUGCUGCAAAGUCUUCCUGGAGCAGCACUCAUAACACACACACACACAACGACCAUCUUCUGGAACCCUUCGACGCCUCAUCAUGAGAAACUCAAAUAUGAAUAUCUGAUUGAAACAUUCUUUAAGUGUCUUCAUAAGCUAAACACGCAAGCCAAAUGAUAGCAGCGUAUAGAGAAGCACUUUGUCUUAAUUGUAAAAUAAGUUGUCAUAGGAUGCUUGUUUGAGCAGUGGUAGACUGCCUCUGUUGACCAUACUCUCUGAAGAGAGUAAAUUCACCAAAAUAAACCGGCAAAAAAUGCUGAAAUUAC